UAAUGAGCAUUAGAUUAUAAGACAUGAAGUUAUUUCUUAUUAAAGACAAUUCAUAAGUCAAAAUAGAAUUGAAACAACAAGAUGAUAUACUAUUCAAUCUCGUUACUUAAGCAGGUUUAUAUAUUAGAAUAGCUUUUUAGAUCGAUCACCAAUUAAUAUUUUGGUUCCAGUAAUUGAAGGCAAUUAACCUAUUACAAUCAAAGUAAAUGAUUAUGAAGCUGAAAUCCUUCCUGACAAUCUUGAAAUGUAGUCAACAUAUAAAUUGCUACUUGAAAAUGGGUAACUUAAUUAAGAACCUAUAUAACCUGGAGAUACUUUUGCAUUGUCAUUCAAAGUUAGAAGUGGUAAUACCAAUACUCAAGGAGCAACUGGCAAUUCAGCUAUGAAUGGAUCAACCCUAUCAACUUUAUAACUAACACAAUUGAGACAUAAAUUGGUUGAAUAAGGUAAAGGAACUUCAAUGUAUUAAUCUUCUUCUUCACUCAGACAUAGCAUACCUGAAGUAUCCUUUUCUAAAGCUCAAAGGUCAUUAUUAUUAUUAUUAUUUUAGAUUCGAUAAAAACUUAACUCUUAGAACUGAAUUCAAUUACAGUAUUCCUGAUACUAUAGGAUCAUAAGGCAGAUCAACUGGUUUUGGAUAUGGCAACAAAUUCAUUUCUCCUUUAUAUGUUCAAAGGAAUGCUGAAUAGAAUCCACCUCCUGAUGCCUAUUUCAACGAAGAAAUCAAAUAGCCAACCUAAUAUAGAAAAACUAAUUGGUCUUAGAGUGAAAGAUUUAAGAUGUCUCAUACUGUUCAAGGACCUAGUCCUAACUCUUAUGAAGUUACCUAAUUGAUUGGUUCAAAUAAAGUAAUUAUAAAAUAUAUAAUGAUAGCCUGCCUGUACUAUUGGAGCUAGAAUAAAACCAUUAGCUACUUUUUAAGAGAAGGUUCCUGCAUCAAAUACCUAUGAGAUUAAAACUUAGAUUAUUGAACCUUCAAGAUUUAAUAAGAUCUCUCUUGGGUAUGGCAAUAAGUCUGAUUUCACUAAUAAUGAAAAGACUCCAGGACCAGGUACAUAUGAAUAACCUUCAGUUUUUAAAAAUAUGUCUACUUCCAUUUUAAAUAAUGGAACAUUAAGAACAAAUGUAAUGAGAAAAUGA